CAGAAGGGUUGGGCUUCCGAUCGAAGCCCAGUUAAAAAUUGCUUCUAUUUGUCUCGUUGGUCUUAGAAGUCCAGCCUGUAUACUCCGUCGUUAUCAGAUUUCCGGACAAAAUCACGGCGACUACUGCAAAGAUACUACAAUCAGCUUCUCCAGAAUGAGUGCAGGGGGAGCAUUUGGUGGAAAUAGAGGAGUGAGACCGGUUCCACCAGAGAAAGGAGUUUUCCCGUUGGAUCACAUGCAUUUAUGUGACCUGGAGAAGAAGGAAUACCUCAGUUGUCUUAAAUCUGCUGGGCAUAAAUCCGAGGAGUGUAGACAUCUCUCUAGAAAGUACCUGGAGUGCCGAAUGGAGAAGAAUUUGAUGGCAAAGCAAGACAUGUCAGAACUUGGCUUUGGCAAGAAUGUUGACACCGGAACUAAAUCAGAAGAAAAGACAGAACAGACAAAAGUGAAAUGAAGAGUGAGUUACUUGUUUAGUAUUUUUUUAAUAGUCUGGCUGUAAAACACGCAGGCUGACAAUAGUUGCAUCUCCACAAUUUCUGUUAGUUCUACGUGGAGGCGCACAACCCUUUUGUAGCAUUUUUAUUUCUUUCUUCUCCUGGAUCCUCUCUGAGCUGUAGUAAAAAAUUGUAUAGCGAGAGGGGGGAGCAUCACGAGAGGAAACUGAGGACAAACACCGAGUUUACAAUGUUAUAAAAAAGGGAAUAAUCUUGUCUGAAAA